UCCGUUAAUUUGCCACACAAAACCUCUCUCAGUCCUGCCACACAAACUGCACUCUACUCUGAAGAGAGAGAGGUGGGAGAGAGGUAGCCAAUGUGAAACCUACAAAAGUUUAGAGAGAGAAGGAAGACUCGAGAGGGAGGCUUCCUUCUCGUUUCAGAGGCAGAGUAAGAGAGAGACGCUAGAAAUUGACUUCCUAUUUCUGAUUACACAAGUUUAAUUCCCAUAUAACGGUUUGGUUUUGAUGGACCUGAAUUUUAGGGUUUGUGUGCCACCUUCGCAAGCGAUUUCAUCAUCCAUCGCGCCCUUGAGACAUUAUCUUCCCUGUUCCACCUCCGAAUCCUUUUGUCGCAGCAACCGGCUUUUCAGUGGGAUUAAACAGUGUGGAAUUCAGCGGAGAACUUUCACAGCAGCUAAUGUUUCAGCAGGCAUCUCAUUGUUGACCCAAGCACCAGUUAAAGGAAUGGAAAGAUUGCCUUUCAAGCCAGAAGGUUACAACUUUUGGAAAUGGCAUGGUCAUAAUAUACACUAUGUGGAGCAAGGGAAAGGGCAGCCAAUCGUUCUUAUUCAUGGGUUUGGGGCUUCAGCAUUUCAUUGGAGGUAUAACAUACCAGAACUAGCAAAAAGGUACAAGGUCUAUGCAGUAGACUUACUAGGAUUUGGAUGGAGUGAAAAAGCUAUUAUUGAGUAUGAUGCUACCAUAUGGAGGGAUCAAGUAGCCGACUUUCUAAAGGAAAUUGUCAAAGAACCAGCAGUUUUAGUUGGGAACAGUCUUGGAGGAUUUACUGCAUUGAUGACAGCAGCUGAGGUGCCUGAGCAAGUUCAGGGAGUUGCUAUUCUGAAUUCCGCUGGGCAGUUUGGGAAACCUGGUGAAGAAACCAACGAAAAUUUGGAGGAAACAUUUUCGCAGAAGUUCCUAGUGAAACCACUCAAGGAGGUUUUUCAACGUGUUGUCCUAGGUUUUGUGUUUUGGCAAGCUAAGCAACCUGGCCGGAUACAGUCUGUUUUAACAAGUGUUUAUUCAAAUGCAACCAAUGUGGAUGACUAUCUUAUCGAAUCAAUUACACUACCAGCAGCAGAUCCCAAUGCAGGGGAAGUUUAUUACAGGUUAAUGACACGAUUUUUGUUGAACCAAACCAAGUUUACACUCGAUUGUAUCUUGAGCAAACUUUCAUGCCCCUUACUAAUACUUUGGGGUGAUUUGGACCCUUGGGUGGGACCUGCGAAGGCCAAAAGAAUAAACGAGUUCUAUCCAAACUCAUCCCUUGUACACUUACAGGCAGGGCAUUGCCCACAUGAUGAAGUUCCAGAGCUCGUUAAUGAAGCCAUAGCGGAGUGGCUUUCCUCUCUAAAUCUCAAUGCCUCACCCCAAUCUAUUUGAAUAUUAAACAUUACUUGUAUACAUAGUGUAACUCUUUUUAUAUCAACAUAUAUAUUGUACUUUCAGUUGCCCUUUUUUGCUUUUUAUCUUUUAUAGAUAUGAUAUGUAGGAAUAGGGCUUUAGUGCGAGGCCGUACGAGCUUGCUUGUGUGUUAAAUUUGUAGAUCUGGAUGUUCCCAAGGCUACUUGGCAAGUUGGCUAGCCACUCGUACAUGUCUAAUGAAUAUUGGAUUCUUUUUUGUGGUCAAGUAGUUCUUUCUUUUC